UUAGGUGUCUCCAACUUCAACAUCCUAAAGCUCAAGAGACUUCUCGAGUCACUUAAAAUAUAUCCUGCAGUCAAUCAGAUUGAACUUCACCCGCAAGUACUCGAGUAUUUACCCCAAGUCGAGCUUGUAAACUUCUGCAAGAUCAAUGGCAUCCACGUAGUGGCUCACCAGCCACUCGGCGGCAAGCCAGUAGCCGCACCCGAAAUAGCGGCAGAGAAUGGGCCUUCGCCAGUCCAAACCAUACUAUCCUGGAUCGUCCAACAAAACAUAUCAGUAAUUCCCAAGACCGUCCAGGAGAAGAGAAUGGUAGAGAACCUCGACCUGAAACAGUUACGAAAGGAAGACAUGGCAGCAAUAUCCAAUAUAUCAAAAAAGAGAGGAGAAGUCCGCUACCUCGAUCCAAAACACCACAUUGGCUUCGACAUUUUCGACGAGCAACACGAUCAGCCAGUGCAGGAAUGA